UGAGAAGCCUGGACUUGGAGUUGAGGUACAAGAAAACUAAAUUUGAACAGCUUGACUAUGGGAAAAGAACUAAAGGGAAAAAAAAUUACGCGAAAAGCAUCAGAAACUAGAUGGUUUGAGUAACUAAAGGUUGUCUAGCAUUUAAUGUUGAUUACGAGCACAUUAGCAAACACAUUGAACCUUAUUUGAGACGUAUAGCACAUGCCAUCCCCCCACCACGCCCCCCCCCCCCCCGUCCCCAUGUCAAUUAUCCGAAAGUAAUUUUCCACCUGGAUUUGAUGAUGCAUUUACAAAGAAUAGCAAAGCCGCGAAAGAAAUGAACAAAAUUUCUCUGUUUUAAUCCCUCAAAAAAUGAGAUAAUUGGGCUAUGUACAUUUUUUCUCAUGUAACUCUACUGCUUUUUAUUUUUAACUUUCAUUCUCAUAUUAGUUUCUUAGAGAAGCAUUCUGUAAUAUAUGGAUAUUGUAUUGCAGGAGAAAAAAUCUGUCCGCCUUACUAAGGAAGUUACUUUCAUAUAUUUGCUCUUAUAGGACAAGUUUCUUAUGUUGGCCAACAAUGCUUCUGUUUCUUCCUUGAGUUGAUAUCCAUCAUUUUUAAUUCCCCCGAGUCUCUAGAAGAAGAUUUGGACACCAUUGUACUGGCUCAAUCCAACGUGACUUUGGUGUAUCUCUCUGUCUUGCUUGCUUGCUUUUGUGGAGUUAGUCAGAGGUUCUACCAUCAGUCAUCAUUUAGAAUCAUAUCGAUGGGGCCAACCAGUAAAGAUCUUUUGAGCUUGGAAAGAGAGAAUUCUUCAAUCUGUGCAGAAUCUAUCCUUCAUGUUUGCAAAAAGGACUGUGUCUCUAAAACGCCCAAACCAUCUCAGACUAAUGAAAAGCUUUUUACAACUUCUGUUCCUGCAAGUGAAGUUCUUGGAAAAGUGAAGGCUUUCUUAGGAGUUAUGGAGGAAGCUAAUAGAAGGUUGCAGCUUGAUGCUCAGGAGAAAUCUUGUGAAGAAUAUGAUAUCGAAGUGCUCACCGGGAAUGAAACUGAACAUGUUGAAAUGGAUUUGUUGCUGGGUGUUGCUGAUCUUCACACCCCAGAGGCUGUAGCAGCUGCUGAAUCUGCCAUGGCUGGCUCGCAACCACCAUGUACAUUGGGAACUGCUAGUAGUGGAUCAUACUCAAAAAGCAGUGAUGAUGACAGUGAUAGUGACGGUGACAGUGACAGUGAUGAUGGUGAUGGCAAUGGUGAUGAUAGAACAUGCUCAUCUGAAAACUUGAAAAACCCAAAGACAGAUCUAGACAAUUCCUUGGAUAAUGAUCAGCCAAACAAGAGAGCAAAGAUUAUUGAGCUCCAAUAAAGCAACAUUUGGUUGGGGAUGACGGGAACUGGAUAUGUUGGCUUCAAGAGUUACUGAAUCAAAUUUGUGAUAUAAGUAAUUGUUUAAAAUUAAAAAUGGUUGUGGAGAGAGGUAGAGGUUUAGUAAUCUGUUUGGAAAGGACUAUUGAACUAGUUUCUGUGUUAUUUCAUGUAGGUGAGUAUGAAGUACUGCAGUAGUUACUCUUCUGUACUGUUCUUUUUAUGUUACUGGUGCAAAUUGUGGUAUGGAUUC